UGCUGAUUAAGUCACGCAGAUGGUAUUAAAACACGUCAGUCAGAGGGUUCAAUACUAGGUAACAGUCGUUCCUUCGGAUCAUUAUUUUCACCCACGAUACUAUCGUUUAUCUCUCCGGACGACACUCGUUAUAUGCGUGAUAGGGAGUCAUCCGUUCUUACCGGACACCGCUGGACACUCUACUCACAGACACAGGUGAGAAAAUGAGUACCAUAAAGUGCAGAGCAGGAAGAGGAAGAGGAGGAGAAGGAGGAGGAGAAGGAGGAGGAAUUGGCAAACUCAGGCUGCACAUGGUCACAUGGAAUGUGGCGACAGCAGAGCCUCCUGGUGAUGUCACUUCCUUGCUGCAGCUGGAUGCCCAGCCUGCCACAGACCUCUACGUGAUUGGUCUUCAGGAGGUAAAUGCAGCUCCUCUGCGGUUUCUGUCAGACCUGCUGGUAGAAGACUCUUGGAGCCACCUACUGAUGAACACACUGGCCAGUAGAGGAUACAUCAAGGGUAAUAAGGGCGGUGUAUCAGUUCGCUUCUCCCUCUAUGGUCACAUGAUAUGUUUUGUGAACUGCCACCUGACGGCUCAUAUGGGUUACGCUCUGCAGCGCGUUGAUGAGUUUGAGUAUAUUCUGGAGACUCAGGACUUUGACCUGGACAACACACCCACCGUCCGAGACACGAGUCAGGUGGUCUUCUGGUUUGGUGAUCUGAACUUCCGUAUAUCUGACCAUGGAAUGCACUUCCUCCGAUCCUCCAUCAACAGUGGACGCUUCAACCUUUUGUGGGAGAGGGACCAGCUGUUAACGAUGAAGAAGAAGGAACCGUUCCUCCAGGAGUUUGAGGAGGGACCUCUGAAGUUUAAACCUACAUACAAGUUCAACCGCAACUCUGACACCUACGAUACCAGUGGUAAGAAGAGGAAGCCAGCAUGGACCGACCGCAUUCUGUGGCGCAUCAAACCCAAAUCCCCGCCCCCUGAGGAUGACGAGGCGGAGAGGGCGUCGACCUCCACACAGCACUCGGAUGACGGACAGGAGGAGUAUCCAAUCAAAGUGCUCCAGGACACCUACACCUGCGACCCCAGCUACGGGGUCAGCGACCACAAACCUGUCAUAGGAAUCUUUAACCUGGAGAUGAGGAAGCGUUGUGACAGUGCGCUGGUCAGUGUGUGUCCAGAGGGUCAGUGGAGCGCUGACCAGGAUGCUGUGCUGUCCUACACCAUCCUUGAAGACUUCAUGUCCUCUACCUGGGACUGGGUAGGACUUUACAAGGUGGGUUUUAAGACUGCGUCGGAUUACGCUACCUUCGUCUGGGUCAAAGGUGAACUAGCAGAGGUCAACGAGGUCAUGCAGGUGUGUGUGAAUAAGGAUGAUGUCCCACUAGUGGCAGGAGAGUAUGUUCUGGGCUACUACAGUUACAACAUGCAGAGCAUCGUAGGAUUCAGCCACAACUUCCAGAUUGUGGAGUCUAAGAGGGCUGUUAUGGAGGGGAUGGUUCCACAGGAUGUCAACGGGUUGAACAAAUAAACCCCACAUUAUCUUAACACCUCAUUGGCAACACACACACACACACACACACACACACACACACACACACAC